AUGCCUAUGACCAAAAAAGCGAACUUUAAGCGAGGCAAUUUGGAGGAUCACCCUCAGGACGAGUCUAAAGCAUCCGGCGCCUUCGAUCACGACACAUCCUCAGGCCACGAUGUGCCCGAGUACGAAGCCUACAAGUACUAUGGUGGUCUCUCUGGCUUCGGCGGCCGCGGUCCCAAACUCGUAUACAGGACAUCCACUGACAGAUUCAUCCGUCCCACGGGGCCCGAAGCCUACAGCCGGGUCAUGAAGCUUGUGCAAGUUUCCGAGCAUCACAAACUCGGCCAGGAUGGUUUGUGGGACCGCAUUCGUGUUGAGGUGGUCACACUCCUCGACCGGAGAGGCAUUUCGUUCUCGUCCGUCGACCUCGCUCGUUUCGCCUGGGUCAAAACGAAUGUCCCAGUCUCAAAGGAUGAGGGCGACAAGAACGAAGACAAAGAGGAUCCGGCGAGCGAGGAGCAGCCGGACCACAACGAACUCCCACACUUCAAAAAGCGGGCCAGGGUCUACACUACACCCGCAACGAUCUGGAUUGGCGUCAUGCCCAACACCACCACUGCCGAACAAGCCUACCAUUCUUCCCGAGACAUUCUCGACUUGCUCGCACAGCACAAGAUUACGCACGUCGAGGUCGCAUACCGCGAGUCGAAGGUCACGUUUUCGGGCGGGCCAGCGCUCUUCGCGCCCCGCCGCAGCUACUCCGAUCCGCUCAAGGACGUCAUCGACGGCCUGUCCUCUGCCCUUAGUGUUCCAAUCGCCCGCCUGAGGAUGGACACGCAGGGAACUCUUGGGCUCUACUUCAAGGCCGGGAAUCACCUUUAUGGGGUCACCGCGCGCCACGUUCUCUUCAAGAGCAACGAGCCCAACGUUGAAUACAACUAUGUCCGAGGGGGAGCAAAGAAGGAGGUAGUUGUGAUGGGACCGAGCGCAUUCACUGCCCACUUGGAAUUCCUCCAGAAGGCCGUCCGCGGCCAUGAAAUCAACGUCGAGUACUUGGAAAGGUGCAUUCUAUCGCUGACGGCUCAGGCGGAAGAUAUCGGCUCCGAGUCCGAUGCAGAAGAGUUGAAGAUGGCAUUAUCGAAGACACAUAAACAGCUGACCGACACCCGAACAAAGAUGGACGCGGUCGCAGCCCAUCUGGAGAUCGUGAGGGAGAAGUGGGGGAAGCUGGAGGACCGUGUGAUCGGACGCGUCGUCUGGGCGCCUCCCAUCGCCGCCGUACCUCCCCACCAGUACAUGCAGGACGUCUGUGUGAUCAAGCUCAACAAGGAGAAGUUCCACCGUUUCAAAGGGAACGUGCUCAGCCUAGGCCCGGAGAUCGAUCCUGGCAAAUUCGAGGGCUUGAUGUGCAACAACCAGUACGAUGCACCGCGUGAAUUUGAAUAUCCUCCCAGUGGUCUUCUCGAGAUGCACGGCGUCCUCACCGAAGAAGAGAUGCACACAACCCCGCCAAGCGAAUCCAUCCGCCGCGUCAUCAAACGCGGCCCGAGCACGCUCACCACCAUCGGCCGUCUCUCCGCAUACGCAUCGCACGUCCGCCGGUACUACCCCACCGGACCUCUCGACUCAGUCGAGACCGCGAUUCACACCGACCACCCGGACUCGCUUCCGUUCUCCAUGCGCGGUGACAGCGGCUCUGCCAUUGUGGACGCCCGUGGUAGGUUCGUCGCGCUGCUUACGGGCGGCGCGGGCAUAGACGAGAUCACGUAUGGCACACCCUCAUGCGAAAUCGCGUACGGCACGCCAAUGCACUGGCUGUGGCCCCUCAUCCAAGCCAAGUUCGAGGGUGCCUCACUCGAGUUCGGCAGCGACACCUUGAAGGGAUGUGCGCUCGGUGGCUUGGACUCGCCGGAGGGAGAAGACGAAGCCGACUCGAGCAAAGUAGGGGACGGUGCAACGUUUAUUAUGGACUGCGACGCCGACGAGCUUCCGGAGAUGUUGUGGGCCCUCCCGAUUGUGCGUAUCAAGGGGAAUAGUUACGAGGACAAACUGGAUGGGAUCGUGCUCGAGCUCGCUCCUCCAUCCGACCGCCCAUGGCCUGAGCGCAAGACGACUCGCUUCCGCAGGAUUGGGCAAUUCUGGGAGAUCAUCCAAGUAGUGGGCAACACGGACUUCACGGAGCACCCGCUGUGGGGUCCGUUAACUCGGGCGAUGCAGGACGGAACUUGGCCGUUGGUGGACAUCGAGAUCGUAUGA